CUUUUGUUUUGUUUUAUUUCUUGUCAGUCAGGGACUUCUUGCGUUAGUGUUGUGCAGGGUAAACAAUGUUAUUUAACGUGAUACCGAGCAGACAGCUGCUGUCACAUCGGCACUGCCUAAUGCAGUGUCGCAACAUUAAAUCGACAAACACCACAAGAAGUGCUGCUCUGGACAGUGUGCUCUCUGCAUUCAGGUCUGUAUGUGGGGAGGAUGGAGUGUCAUUGGGUGAAGCUGUCAGAGAGCAACAUGGCAAAGAUGAGUCUGUGCACAGAUGUCAUCCUCCAGAUGUGGUGUUGUUUCCUCGUUGUGUGGAGGAGGUCAGUGCCCUGGCUAAGGUCUGCCACAACCACCACCUUCCCAUCAUCCCCUUUGGCACUGGAACUGGGUUGGAAGGAGGGGUCACCGCAGUGAAGGGUGGUGUGUGCUUCAGCCUGAGGAACAUGGACCAGGUUCUGGAUCUCCACCAGGAGGACUUUGACGUGACAGUGGAGCCUGGUGUGACUCGGAAGGCCCUCAAUGCCUACCUGCGGGACACUGGCCUGUGGUUUCCUGUUGAUCCUGGUGCUGAUGCGUCUCUGUGUGGCAUGGCUGCCACCAGCGCGUCUGGCACCAAUGCGGUGCGCUACGGAACUAUGAGGGAAAAUGUUUUAAACUUGGAGGUGGUGCUCGCUGAUGGGACUAUCAUUCACACGGCCGGGAAAGGCCGACGGCCGAGGAAGACAUCAGCAGGCUACAACCUGACAAACCUGUUUGUGGGGUCAGAGGGCACCCUGGGGAUCAUCACCAAGACUACACUGCGCCUGUAUGGCAUCCCGGAGGCCAUGGUGUCAGCUGUCUGCUCUUUUCCUUCGGUCCAGGCUGCUGUGGACAGCACAGUGCAGAUUCUGCAAGCAGGAGUACCCAUUGCUCGCAUUGAGUUUCUGGAUGAUGUGAUGAUUGAUGCGUGCAACAGGUUCAGCUCUCUGUCCUACCCCGUGACGCCGACUUUGUUCUUGGAGUUCCACGGCUCUGAGCAAAGCCUCGAGGAACAGGUCAACACAACCGAGGACAUCACUCAGAGUAAUGGCGGUUCAGAUUUUCAUUGGGCUCGAGAUGCAGAGACACGGAACCGGUUGUGGAAAGCUCGUCAUGAUGCCUGGUACGCUGCUCUGGCUAUCAGACCUGGCUGCAAGGCCUAUGCUACAGAUGUGUGUGUCCCUCUGUCUCGCCUGCCUCAAAUCAUAGUGGAGACAAAGGAGGACCUGAUUGCUAACAGGCUCACAGGUCCCAUAGCGGGUCAUGUGGGUGAUGGUAACUUCCACUGUCUGAUGGUGGUGGACCCCAGUGACCCAGACGAGCUGCACAGGGUCCAUCUGUUCACUGAGAGACUGGCCAGGCGAGCCCUGGCCAUGGAUGGAACAUGUACAGGGGAGCAUGGAGUGGGCUUAGGGAAGAGAGCGCUGCUGUGUGAGGAGGUGGGACACACGGCUGUCCAGGUCAUGCAAGGUCUCAAGGACACCCUCGAUCCAAAGAACCUGAUGAAUCCUGGGAAAAUCUUGCAGCCCAGAGAACUAUAAACACAGAGGUUCUCAUCACAAGCUGCUGACUGUUCAUGGCUUUAUUAGAGACUGAUGCCAGAGUGACUUAGUAGUGUUUCCUGUUCAAACAGGACUUCUGGGUGAGAGGCUGCAGACAUGGAUCAGUCAAGAGUGCCAACUAUUAGGAUAUCAAUAAGAAGAAAAAGAGGGCUGUACAUGUAUACCUGCUAAUGAAAUAGAAAGCCUUUCAGCUGCCAUUAUGUAUAGUAAAGUAAAUUAUCAGUAACUAAGUCAUGUGCUGUUGACUGACUUUGCACUUUUGCGUGAAAAGUUUUGUUUUGCAAAUUGAAUCAGGUUUGGUCUCUUCACUUUACUUCUAUGUGUCUUGAUAAUUACUUGAUAUCAAGCAAAUGCACAUCUUUCACUUAUUUGCUGCUUGUCUUUGUUUUAUAUGGUUGUACAGUCAAUAUUUUGGGGGUGUGGACAUAUAAAACAAACAAGUUGAUUUGAGGAUUUUUUUUGAUAAUGUCAUUUGUAUAUUAAUUGCAAAUAAAAAAAUAAUAAUUAGCUGCUGCACUGGUACAUGAAUGUAACAUUGUGUGAUGCUUUAUAUCUGUCAAAGAUGUAAAUCUGUGUGAUACACACAUUAAAUGGUGUUCUCCAUGCUGUUCUCAUUUCCACUCUUGUUCUCAGAGACUUUAAAGGAGUAUAGCAGCUAGAAUCAGAUCACUCCACUACAGGAUGGAUCAGCUACAUGCCCGUACCAGGAAAACACUUCAACAAAUCACGAUUGCUUUUCGUUCUGCAGUUUCAGGACACUUACUGAGCUGCCAGUUAUCUUCUACAACAUCAUCCUGUGGACAAGGACAGGACAGGGACGUGCCAACUUAACAUUCAGACUGUUGGUUUACACUGACUCGGUCCUGUCCUGCUAGAAUGAAGAAGAAGUAAUACUGUGCUGCACCACAGAGUGUCAGCAGUGCAUCCCAUCAGCUCACUGGGGACACACGGUGGGGCAAACACGCAGUGUGUUAAUCAUGUAAAUUUAGAAAAUGGACACAAUAAAAUGCUAUUUUCCUCCUU